AUGCUUUAUAAUGAUGAAAUUUAUUAUUCUAGUGAAAUUCAUGAAGAUAACUCAUCAACAUAAUCAGCUUAUAGUUGUUGCAUUGCCUUUUUGUGUAUGCUAUGUGGAUAUGUACUCUUGUAAACAAAUUCCUACAUAGAAGGGUAAAUUGAUUAUUCGAACUAGCAAGUCAAAUCCAUAUUAUUAUUAAUGCACUAUGACUUUGCCAUUGACUUACUUUUGUGGAGUUGCAUUUUUAAUUGCAGCAGCUGUGAGAUUAAUAUUUUUAGUCGUUUUUUGUUUGCAAUCAUAAAAACAAUAACCUCAUUCAAGUCUUUUUCAUAAAAAAGUGAAACAUUCUGAAGUAAUGAUUGCAAUGGCGUAAAUAUAUUUAAUUAAUUUAGAUUUUUCUUUUUUGGUUCAUUCAUUUUAAUGGUGAAAGAACAAUGUUAUGAGUUGACUGUUGCAUUACUAUUUGUAUUGAUAUUAACAGCAUUCAUGAUUUUAUAAAUAUGUUGUUAUGAUAUGGAGGAUGAUGAAGUGAUUUGUGAAGAAAUACUUGAUUAUUGA